GCCUUUGCGUGCCGCACCGCCCUGCGCCAUGCCCUUCAGCCCCGCGCUCGGAGGUGAAAGCUCCUAGGCUGGGCCGCUGCAGUGGUCCUGGUGGUUUUCUUUGUAGUUGAAGGCCUGAGGCCAGGCCUCAAGUGGAAACGGCGUCACCAUGAUGACUGGAAGGCAGGCCCGAGCGCCCUUACAGUUCCUGCCUGAUGAGGCCCGAAGCCUGCCGCCGCCGAAACUGACGGACCCGCGGCUCGCCUUCGUAGGCUUCUUGGGCUACUGCUCCGGCUUGAUUGAUAACGCGAUCCGGCGGAGGCCGGUGCUGUCGGCCGGUUUGCAUCGCCAGUUUCUAUAUAUUACUUCCUUUGUUUUUGUUGGAUAUUAUCUUUUAAAACGUCAAGACUAUAUGUAUGCUGUGAGGGACCACGAUAUGUUCUCAUAUAUCAAGUCACAUCCAGAGGAUUUUCCUGAAAAAGAAAAGAAAACUUACAGGGAAGUUUUUGAAGAAUUCCAUCCAGUGCGUUGAAGUCUCCAAAAUGCUUGCUCCGGUUUCAUUGAUAACCAGUUAUUUCUGUAUUUUGUUGAACUGUUCCUAUGAUAUCUGAAGUUUAUGUUAAUCUCUUAGUGUUAACACCUUGUGAUUAAAAUGGUCAUUAUAAGCA